CUUACCUUCUCACUGCUGACUUCAGCACAGGCUAGAUAGCUGAUACACGUGUUCCAUCAGAGAGUAAGCCCUUGUUUCCGGUAGCUGACCAAUGAGCAAGUAACUAAUGCAACCACGAUGGGCUCAGUGAAAUCAGCUGGACUUUCUGUUCUUCUGUUGUCUUUUCUUUUUUACAUAGCUGAUGCUUACCCCAACAUUGACUUAAACAUGGGCUGCGAGGAGUGCAAACUAGGAAUGAACAAUCUUUUCUCGAGGGAUCGUCCGGUCUACCAGUGCAUGGGCUGCUGCUUCUCCAGAGCGUACCCAACACCUCUCACGGCCAUGACGAAAAUGGAGAUACCAAAGAACAUCACCUCGGAGGCAACAUGCUGUGUUGCAAAGGACUACUAUGAGGUAGAGGUGUAUGGCAUAAGGGUGAGAAACCACACAGACUGCCACUGCAGCACCUGCUACUACCAUAAGAUAUGAACAUGCUCGGAACUGGAGACAAUUCUGCAGCGCUCGGCUUGGCAACAAAUGUAGUUCUUUUUAAUUCGCACAAGCUCAUUGGUUUUAAAUUGUAUGCUCAUGUGUUGCCAGAUAAUAUUUUUUUUAGAAAGGCUGUGUCUAUGUUAUUAGCCUACAUUCUUUCAGAGUUAUAUAAUUAACUGUAGAUUGAAAAGCAAUUAAAAUGUGUAAUCCAGA